AUGAUUAUCUACAAGGAUAUUGUCUCCGGUGACGAGCUCAUCUCCGAUACCUUCAACCUCGUUCCCGCCAAGGACUGCGACAUCCUGUGGGAGGCUGACUGCCGCAAGUACCUGAAGAAGAAGAACGAGGACUUCGCUCUCGAGGGUGCCAACCCCUCCGCCGAGGAUGCCGAGGAAGAGGGUGGUGAGGGUGAGGCCGUCAUGGUCCACGAUAUCGAGGACCAGUUCCGUCUCGUCUGGCUCAAGCCCGAGGAGGGUCUUAAGCCCUCCAAGGAAAGCUACAAGUCUCACCUGAAGGCUUACAUUAAGAAGCUCAACAAGCGUGUCGCCGAGACCAAGUCCGACGACGAGCUCAAGGCCUGGCAGGAAAAGGUCAAGGUUGCCAUGAAGAAGCUCACCUCCAACUACGACAACUACGAUCUCCUCAUGGGCGAGUCCAUGAACGGUGAUGCCAUGUACGUCCUCAUCGAUUUCCGUGAGGAUGGUGUCACCCCUUACGCUACCGUCUGGGCCGACGGUCUCCGCGAGGAGAAGGUCUAG